GGGUCGGGUCGAAGUAGAACGCGGGCGACGCGAAAGCAGAGAUGAGACCGAAGCUGGUGUUGUUCGGGGACUCCAUCACGGAGGAGUCCUUCGGAGACGGGGGUUGGGGCGCCGCUCUCGCCCACCACUUUUCCCGCUCGGCGGACAUCGUGCUGCGGGGGUACAGCGGGUACAACACGCGGUGGGCGCUGAAGGUGUUGGAUCGGGCAAUGGACGGUGCUUCUUUCGGCGAGCCACCGGCGGCCGUCGCCGUCUUCUUCGGCGCUAACGAUGCGUCCCUCUCCGACCGGAGCAGCGGCUUCCAGCACGUGCCCCUCUGUGAGUACGGCACCAACCUACGUGCCAUCUGCUCCCUCCUCAAGGAUAAAUGGGACUCGACUAUCGUGAUCCUUAUCACACCACCUCCGAUUGAUGAAGAUGGUCGUAUCCAGAAUCCUUAUGGAGACAACCCAUCGGGUCUGCCUGAAAGGACCAAUGAGGAGGCCGGUGCUUAUGCUAAGGCAUGUGUUGCUGUUGCUGAAGAGUCUGGUCUUCCAGUCAUAGAUAUCUGGACCAGAAUGCAGAAAUUUCCAGGUUGGGAGAAGUUAUUUUUAAGGGAUGGAUUGCACUUCACUUCCCUUGGAAAUAGGGUUUUGUUCGAGGAGGUGGUUCGGAAGCUUAAAGACACGGGCUUGAGCCUCGAGACCAUGCUUGUGGAUCAACCCCUCUUUUAUGAUAUUGACCCCAAAGAUCCUCUCAAAACUUUCUGCAACUGAGACUUUCCCACUAGUGUGCCUAUUUUAUGCCAAUUAGCUUUAGCAAAGAAAAAGUUGUUGGUAGAUGAAAAUUUCCUGUUAACUGUUUAGCGAUGACCUUCACUCGGAUAAAGCAAUUGCUUUAUCUACUUGCUUGCGGUCCUUUGCACGCCGGUGUUGAAUGAAUGAAGCUUCUGCCAUAGACGAUUUGUACAGGUAUUAACUACUUGUUUCUAUCAUCUCAUUACAUGCCAGGUUAAGAAUAUUUUACACGCAACAAUACAUAAAAUGAUGCAGCAGGGAAAAUUAUGCAUGAAGAGAAUCUUUCAAUUAAAAUAAAUGGAGAUGAUUCUACUGGUUUAUGGAAGCAAAUUAAGUUGGUCAGGCAAAGUUUUCUAGGCUUGCAGUUGAUUGGUCAGAUAUGGAAGAAAGCAGUGGCAAUUUCGAGUGUGAUUACUUUGCCUUUUUUCCUUUCCGUGUCAUCUUUCUUUUCAUUUUCGUUUGAUGCUAACAUAGGAGUGAAUCAGGUGGUUUUUCUUUCAAAGAACUCAACUGCUUCCUUACCAAUCAAUGCACAGUGGUUUAGUUCUGAGAAAGUAUGGCUUCUCUUCAGCAACUAUUUUUCUUCCAGAAAACUAAACUGACUCGUAGAAUUUAAUGCAGCUUGACUUCGACAAUCAAAGCGAUGAGAAAAAUAAAGCUGCGUCAUUCUCACUUGAUGGUGGCGUGAAAGGAUUACCUUUACCUAUCAUCAACUCUCUCACUGUAUUAUAAGAAUAAUUCUUCUUAUGAUAUUAUUCAUAUUUUUAAUAUGAUAAUGUUGUGACAUGAGGAUACGAAGAGACCUCCUCGUAGAUAUGCACAAGUGCCAGUUUGAUUCAUUCCAUCGUCGUAGACUAGAGAUGGGACAGGCGACCACUCUCGCUCCAUCAGACUGAGAUAUUUCCAAGUCAAAGUCAAACAUUUCCAGAAAAUUAUUGUACCCAAUCGAACCUUCAGAGUGUGUGGAGGAGAAAAGCUUCAUUUAUUGGUGACGAAGGGGAGAGAGAGCCAAGUAAAAGCAUUUUUUUCGUGAA